UCUUUGUUCAAAAAAGUGGCUCGAGGGAUUAAGAUUAUGCGCAUAAAUUAUGCAUAGACGUUUGUGCCGGCGGCUUUCUCUCGCUAUCUUCGCGGGUAUCCUGCUAACCUUUUACCGAUCCGUACAGGAGCUUCCCCGGGUCAGCCUCCCACACGCUUCACACAAAAGGGCCGGAGUCAGGGGAAAAGCUCCGGCGGUGACUGUGCUCAUCUGGUGGUAUCCGUUCGGCAAGAAAACCGAGAUCAAAGACUGUGAUACUCUUUACAAUAUCAAGGGCUGCCGGUUGACAACAAACCGGCAAUUGUAUCCCAUUUCGCAGGCUGUCGUCGUACAUCACCGUGACUUGGGAGGAAAUGUGAGCCAGCUUCCUGCAGAACGGAGACCCGCUUUCCAAAGGUGGGUGUGGAUGAAUUUCGAGUCUCCCACUCACUCUUCAGGUCUAGAGGAACUUAAUGGCGUUUUUAACUGGACUAUGUCUUACAAACGGGGGUCUGACAUCUUCAUCCCUUAUGGGUACCUCUACCCCAAAAAAAGAGAAGGAAGGAAGGUGGUGCUACCCAUCAAAUCUAAAUUGGUAGCUUGGGUCAUCAGCAACUGGAAUGAGGAUCAUGCACGGGUUAAAUAUUACCACCGACUCAGUAAACAUGUGGUCAUCGACGUGUAUGGGAGGUACCAUCAGGAGCUGCAGAAUAAUAGCAUUGUUCUGACCAUAUCGCCUUAUAAGUUUUAUCUGGCUUUCGAAAAUUCGCAACACGUGGACUAUAUAACUGAAAAACUCUGGAGAAAUGCCCUUAUGUCCAACACUGUGCCCAUAGUCCUAGGACCUAGUAGGGCCAAUUAUGAACAGUACAUCCCAGCCGAUUCUUUUAUCCAUGUAAAUGAUUUCUCGACUCCCAAAAAGCUGGCUGAACACUUGAUGUUUUUGGAUGAAAACGCAAGGAGUUAUCGGAAAUUUUUCGAUUGGAAAAGAAGAUACAAUGUGCAUCUGGCAAAGUUUUGGGAGGAGCACUACUGCAAAGUAUGCAAGGCUGUCAAAAGUGCUCGGGCUGACUACAAGAUCAUCUCAAAUCUGGCCAAUUGGUUCCAGUGAUUGUAGUAGGAGGCUGCAUAUUUCUGCUAAAAGAAAUCCUGGAAAUAUAAGUACUGUACAGGUUACAUUUGACUGAUCCCUUCAGGUUGUAUAAUUUGCUAAUGGAAUGCAGGAUAUGUGAAAUUAUAGAAUCACACCUACAGGUGCAAUGUUGGGCCUAAGGGUUAGCUGCAAAGACGAUAAUCAUUUAUCUUUAAAUAAGACUUUUAAAGCAAUAAUCCAAAAGUUUUGGAUUAUUUUGAUUCUGGCAGGAUAUGGUUUGCCUAAAUAUUUCACUCAACCUCCAAAAUAGAACUUGAAACCUGUUUACUAAAAAUGAAUACUAAAUGUAUAUCAUUUCAGCUACAAUAGUGUUAUUUACUUUGUACACAAUGAGUUUCAGGAUAGAAUGAAGCAGUUCCAUUCUAGAGCAAAAUGUGUAGGGCAAAAUUCUCAGGAAAAGUCUCUUCCUUUCCAUCUUGCAUAAAUUUCCUAACACUUGGUGUAGGGGCUGAAUAUUGGUGUGAAGUCAGUAUUUUGUUUUCAUCUGCUUCUACUCCCACACACUGGAAGUACCAUUAGAAACACGUGAACAAUCCUGCAUUUCAAUUUUAUCCUCAUCAUACAACUGGAAUAAACCUGGAAAAGCUUGCAUUACUCUGCAACUUCCAUUACAAACAUUCCGCCGGAAACUGCUGGGAAGAUGUGUUAUUAGAAUCACAAAUUAACACCAUUAUUAAUUUGUAAAAUAUCCAGGCAUUUUUGGAGUAAAAGAGAUGCACCUUGAGUUCUGCCAUCCCACAGAUUGCUGGACAAUUUAUGCCACUCUGCCUUUAGUCUUGCCAUAGCCAUUAAAUGUUCUUUCUUGCUGUGAUGCUUCCCAUUGAACUUAAUGGUGAUCAUGAAAUUUCUGGAUUUACGUUAUGAACCAUUCUCACUGUAGCCACUUAGGGCUGGUAAUUAAUUCAUAGAAGUCCAUGUCUAUGAUGUAUUUUAUGUUCCUAACAUGACACUCAAGGGAGGCCUAUAAAGAGACCAAUAAAACUGUGGAAUCUCAUUCAAAUAGGUCAUGAGCUGUUAUGAGAGGUUUUGAAAUCUUUUUAUCUGUCUUGGCAGUUUUCUACUGUCAUCCACUCUUGUUGGCAUUGGAGGGCAAUAAUUUUCAGGGUGCAAAGUUGCUUGAGCACUCAGAAGAAGGUCAUUCAUUCAAAUGCACAUUGGAUAGAUUUCUCUCAAAAAAUAACAUUUUGGGAAACUAUAUGAAACUGGUACACUAUGUACUCAUUGGUUGUUCCAGUCUUCCUGAUAAUGAUGGAUGGAUCAUGAAUGUUUGUAGAUUUUACACACUUGCCCUGCUAGUCACUCAUUAUCUUCUCAAUACAACAAUUCAUUAACACUCUGCAUUACAAUGUCCUAUUCAUUAGCUUGUUCUAUUUAGUUCUCUUAUUAAUUUUCCUUUCUGAUUCUUUUUCUCUGUAUCUUAAUCCACUCUUCUUUCUUUCCAUCUCUUAAUUCCUCUUUCUGUCUAUAUUUCUUUUGACUCUAAUUCGCCCUAUUUCCUUCUCUGUCUUUUGCUGAUUUUCUUUAUCCUUUUCUGUCAUUGGUUUGUAGAGGUGAACCGUUGGGAACUGCAUUCAUGAGAUCACAGAUGUGAAAUUGGCACUGCCACACCAUUGUCCGAUUACAUUCCAGCAAUUUGCAGCACAAAUAUAGGAUGAUAUGUAUGGUGACCAAAAAGGAUAACAUUGUAGCAAUUCUGGUCCAUCAUUUGUUACUGUUCAUUUGUUACAGUCUUCUGAUCAGGUAUGAGUGAUCAACACAAAUGUAUUUGUGUCUACACCAAAGUUGUAAGAAAACAAAAGGUGGCUUGUCACUGUAGGAGUAUGAUGGGCAACCUCAGUCAGCUGCCGGAUGCACACAGUUUUUAUUGUAAAGGAGCUGUACAAAAAUACCAUGGGGUCAAAGCAAUGACUCUGUAGAAUCUAGAGUCUAUAACCUUUUUUACAACUUUUUAAACUCACUUUCAGAGUAAGAUUCAAAAAUCGAAUUAUUAUGAAAAUUACGAUAGAACAUUUUUUUAUUUUCAUUAGGAUUAACAGAAAAUGAGCUCUACCAUGUUUUAUUAGACCUUUCAGUGCUCAGUGCUAAAAUCCAUUUCAAUGCUUUGUUUCUGAUUUUAAGUCAGUAAUUCUCUUCUGGAGCUUUUUUCUUUUAAAUGUUAUUUCAUUUUUGUUAAUUUAUUACAGUGAGUUAUUUAUUGGCAUCUUGUAAACUAACUGCACUUUAGAUUAGUCACUCACAGGUAAUUGCUGGAAAAUGCCUUCAUAUUCAUGUUUUACUUAGGACAACCGUUUUGAUAAGGAGUUUCAUGCGAGCUGCAUGCAGAUAGGAUUUCAUUCAAAAUAGCAAUCCUGAAGUAAUAAUGAUUUGCUACAGCAGCUAUUAAAUGCAAUUGCAGUGCUAGUCCUGAAAUAAUGUUUGUAACUGAAGAACAAUUUGGCAAAUAGGUAAAAAAAGGUCUUUGACAGAUGUGAGGGAAAAAAUACAAACGUAAGUAUUUUCUAAGUGUCCGUCAUCUGGAAUACAGGAAAUGUAUCCAGACCAUAUUUAUUUAGAGGAAAGAGCAGUGAAUUGGUUAGUUUUGAGAUUCUAAUAGUAUGACGCUAAGUAGCAAACUUAAGUUUUGGAGAUAUACAAUGUGAGUGUGCUUGAGGCCUUUGUGACUUGGCUUUAAUGCACUAUAUUUUUCAGGCGGACAUCAUUACAUAGUUGGUAUUUUUCUUAAAUCUUAUGAUUGGCCUGUUUCUUUUAAAAUUUAAAGGAGGUUUACAGAUAUUUAAAAAUGUUUUAAAAUCAGCCACCAUUAAAGCAGAGUAGCCUCAACAGUUUUAACAUUCUGGUCUUAAAAUUCAUUUUGUUGCAACCAUUAAAGAAACAUAGACUUUUUAUUGCUCCUACAUAGUUUUCAUUAUAACUUAUAUGUGGUGAAGGAAAACUUGAGUUUCUUUAAUCAGCUCAGAGAGAAGCUUCUAUUUUAUUUAUUUACUUCUGUUGCACUAUAGACAAUAAAAAAUGCCAAAUCAAAAUGCUAUGCAGUGAUAGAGCGUAAAAGAAACCAUGCUCAAAAACUUGAGCAGCAUGCCUUUUGAAGCAGUUAUUAUUGAAAGUUAAAACAGAUAAUUGGCCUAAUACAGGCUGAAAAAUUCAAGAAAAUCAUUGAGCCAUCAUGAAAAGAGCUAGGAUCAAAACUAUUUCUGUGCAUAUCUUACUGUUGUCCAUCUCAGAUUCUGAAUUAAAUUAGCACUUUAGUGUUACUGUAUACACACUACUGUAUAAAGUUGCCUUGGAAAACUAGAAAAGAGAAUAUAACCUUUAGAGCACUGUCCAGUCUCACAACAUCUGUUUUGACAUAUGUAAUGCUGUGGAGUUUAAUAUUUACAGGCCCCAAAAUAAGGUGAUUACUUCUUUAGUGUACAAGCUGUUGUUAUAAUGUGCAGAGAUACUAUUAAAGAAUACUAUAUAAAUAUGAAUUAUAAUCGUCAUGAAGCCUUCAUUUAAUGUGGAAAAAAACAAUCUUCUAUCUGAAGAAAAUAUUUAUUUUAAUAAGACUUGUUUUAUGCUUUUCUAUUUGCUAUUUGAGUAGAUUCAAAUAUUAAAUAAAUAAUAUGUUUUCAAUGA